AUGAUUAAUGAUCCUAAGGUAGACAGUGUAGCGGAGAAAUCCAAAACUGUGACUUCUAAGCAUGCGGAGCAAGCGGCUUCGCCAGAGCAAACACCAGUUCCCCCUGCUUUUAAGCAGCAGUAUCCGAUCACGUUCAACUUGACUUCGACUGCACCCUUUCAUCUUCAUGACCGUCAUCGUUACUUGCAAGAGCAAGAUCUUUACAAGUGCGCCUCUAGGGAUUCGUUGUCUUCCCUACAGCAACUCGCCCAUACACCUAAUGGGUCGACCAGGAAGAAAUACAUUGUUGAGGAUCAGUCUCCGUAUUGUCCGGAAGAUCCAAGCAUCCUGACUUCUUCUUAUAACCACACGAUUUGCACAAACUACCUAAGACCAAGAAUGCAGUUUACAGGGUAUCAGAUAUCGGGAUAUAAACGCUAUCAGGUCACAGUUAACUUGAAAACGGUAGAUUUGCCAACGAAAGAAUGCACGUCACUGUCUCCUCAUUUGUCUGGAUUUUUGUCGAUAAGAGGGCUUACCAACCAACACCCGGAAAUCAGUACAUAUUUUGAAGCCUACGCGGUAAAUCACAAAGAACUGGGUUUUCUGUCCUCCAGUUGGGAAGACGAACCUGUAUUAAACGAAUAUAAAGCUACAGAUCAAACUGACUUGGAACACUGGAUAAAUUUCCCCUCCUUUAGACAACUUUUUCUAAUGAGCCAACAAAAUAAUCUCAACUCAGUUGAUGAUAAUGCUGUUACGAGUGCGGUUAGGAAGUCACAACCACCGCAACAACUUCCCAGUACACCAAGCACAGAUGCUGGUAACAUAUCAAGAAUUUUCAGCCAGGAGAAGCUAUUUGACAAUUACUUGAACGAGAGAUUUAUAUUCAUGAAAUGGAAGGAAAAAUUUUUGGUACCAGAUGCCUUGCUGAUGGAGGGCGUAGACGGCGCAUCUUACGACGGAUUUUAUUACAUUGUCCAUGACCAAGUUAGUGGUAACAUUCAAGGGUUUUACUAUCAUCAGGAUGCUGAAAAGUUUCAACAACUCGAAUUGGUACCAUCGCUGAAAAACAAAGUCGAGACCAGUGAUUGUUCUUUUGAGUUUGCUUGA